AUGUGGAGCUCAAUCGAAAGUUUGAAGGAGAAUUUGAAUAGAAUCGCGCUUGAGAUACACGAGGACGAUGAUGAUGACGAUCCCCAGCUUUCAGUUUCCAGCAAUUCAGGUGAUUCAGUCCACAAUUCAGUACUUUCACCCGCCAAUCGAAGGAUUUCUCGGAAUUUCUCCCCUUCCAAAUCGCCGGCACAACAUAAUCAUCAUUCUCCGAUUGCGAAUGGCCUCGAUUCCGCUCACAAGUUUGAAAUUGAAAAAUACAAAGCAGAAAUCAAUAGGUUGAAAGAAUCUGAAGCUGAAAUUAAAGCAUUGUCUGUUAACUAUGCUGCAUUGUUAAAGGAGAAAGAGGAUCAAAUCGGAAGGUUGAGUGAAGAAAAUAGUUCACUGAAGCAAAAUCCACAAAUGAGUCCUACACAGACUGCAUCUAGACACUCAUCCAGGGGGAGCAGUGAUCAAUCACCAAUUCGUCAUCAUAAAAUUCUAGCAAAAAAUCACACUGUAGGAAGCCCAACCAGUAAUGGUGUUUUGCCCAGGCAUGAUGGACUAAGCAAUGGAGAAAGUUUUGGACGUGAGAAGGAGCUUGCAGAUUUGCUGGAAGAGAAGAACAGGUCUCUUAUAUCCAUGCAAUCGGGUUAUGAGUUACAGAUAAAGCAAUUGGGAAUGGAGCUUGAUAAAGAACGUAGCAAGCUUGCAAAUAUUGAAACACAAUUAAAAGAGGAGCAGAAGUUGAAUGCAUCUUUUCAGCAGGAGCUGAACUCACUAAAAGUUGACAAGGACAAAAUGACUUCAGACGUUGCAAGCAUUCAUGAUGAGAUGAAUCAGAAAGUUGCAGAAAUCCAGCAGCUGCGAAUAAACCUUCAUAAAAGAGAUAAUAAAGAAGCAGUUGAAGAAGUGGAGGAUUUGAAGAGAGUUAUAGGUGUCCUGCAAAAAGAAAAUAACAAUCUCAAGAAUGAUAAAGAUAAAUUGGAGGCUUCCUUGAAAGAAUCCAAACUUUUGUCAGCAGUGGCUAGUUCAUCUGGUGGUAAUGAGGUUCAGUCAUCAGCAGCGUUUCCAGAAAAGGAAGCAAUGGAGAAAUCAUUGCAAAAGCUUGAAAAUGAUUUGAAGGAAACACGAAGAGAAAAGGACAAAGCGUUGCUAGAACUUAACCGUCUUAAGCAGCACUUGCUAGAGAAGGAAUUUGAAGAAUCAGAGAAAAUGGAUGAAGACAGCAAAGUUAUUGAAGAACUACGACAAAAUAGUGAAUACCAACAAGCUCAGAUAUUGCACUUGGAGAAAUCUCUUAAGCAGGCAGUUGCUAGUUUAGAAGCAAUUAAGAUUUCUAAUGAUAGUGAAUUAAAGAAGUCAAAGGAAACGGUUGAUGAGCUGAAUAAAAAAGUAGCAAGCUGUUUGAACACUAUAGAAGCCAAGAACAUCGAAGUCCUUAACCUGCAAACUGCCCUUGGUCAGUACUAUGCAGAAAUUGAAGCUAAGGAACGCCUGGCCGAAGAUUUGACGGCAGCAAAGGAAGAAUCAGCUAGACUUUCUGAGCUUUUAAAGGAUGCAUAUCAGCAGUCUGAAACCCUGACCAGGGAGAAGGAAGAAGUACUCGCCAAGCUUUCAGAAGCAGAGGAGAGGUUUAGUGUGGUGAAAAUCAGGAUGAAUAAACUUGAGCAAGACAAUGAAAAACUACGACGUGCUCUUGAACAGAGCAUGACCCGACUAAACAGGAUGUCUUUAGAUUCUGACAAUUAUGUUGACAGGCGAAUCGUGGUCAAGUUAUUAGUGACCUACUUCCAAAGAAAUCACAGCAAAGAGGUUCUGGAUCUUAUGGUUCGCAUGCUGGGAUUUUCUGAUGAAGAUAAGCAGAGAAUGGGUAUUGCACACCAAGGAUCAGGGAAAGGUGUUGUCCGGGGUGUGUUUGGUCUCCCAGGCCGAAUAGUAGGUGGCAUAUUAGGCGGAGGUUCAGGCCCUGCAAAUAUGGCUCCAGAUAACCAGUCCUUUGCAGAUCUGUGGGUCGAUUUUCUUCUCAUGGAGACGGAGGAAAGAGAGAAGAGAGAGGCUGCAGAAGCGAGCAAUGGGCAGCAGAAAGGAGAAUAUGGAGGAGGAUUGAAUUCUUCUGUAAACCAAACGUUUCCUUCAAGAGGGAGCUUCCAGUUAGCAGAGCACUCAGAUUCAGAGUUCUCAACUGUACCUCUCACCUCAUCCGAAACAAAUUAUCAAUUUUCAAGGCCACCCCCAAGAUAUUAACAAUGUACAGUGUAAUUAAUUAAUGGCAAUGAAAGAAAGAAAGCAAGAAAGAAAGGUUUUGGUUUUAUGUGGUAGUAAUGUAAUUCUUUUGUUCAACCAAAUUUUUUUUGUAGAGUGGAAUGGAGUGGAGGAGGAUAUUACACAAUACAACAUUUAUUUUCAAUGCCGUAAAAUGUCCCCUUUAAAUGCUUGCAAGCCCCCACCAAAUGUACCCAUUAUUUUCAUUCAUCUUUAUGAAGGAGCAUAGUGCUUCUGUACUGACUCACUGACAACACAUUGUAAAACAAGAAGACGAAA